CUCCGCCCUUCGCCGAUCGGAGGAGGCAGCGGUUUUGUUUUUCUGGUUUCUGCAAGCGAUAGUCCUUGGAAAUUUUCGGCUAGAGAAAGACUACUUCAAUCCCGUGUAUUAACGGGCUUUUCUUUGAAAUCUGGAUUAGUUUCAGCUCUGCAGAGCUCUGCUUCAAUAUCAGCUUGUAGUGAGAAACUGUUCUUCAUAAAAAAAAUUGUAAACCCUGGAUUUGCUGAGCUAUGUUGUAUUCGAUUUUGUCGUUGUGUUCAUACUUCUGUACACACUACAACAUUAUGUUGGGGAGGUUCCUCACAUGCAGUGCUUUUGGGAAAGCUAGAAAUUGCUUUGAGAGAUCAUCAAAUUGAUGAAGCAUGGGAGUUGUUUAAUGAUUUCAAAAGGCUGUAUGGUUUUCCAAAGGAUAAUGUUUUGCUCAUGUUGAUUUCUCAAUUAUCUUAUACUUUUGAUUGCAAUUGGCUACAAAAGGCAUGUAACUUGGUUCUUCAAAUUUGGAAAGAGAAGCCAGUGGUAUUGCAACUUAAUGUCUUAACUAAACUUACCCUCGGAUUGGCGAGAUCCCAAAUGCCGAUUCCUGCUUCCGAGAUUCUUAGAUUGAUGCUGCAGAUAAAGAGAUUACCACAAAUGGAACUGUUGCAGAUGAUUAUUAUGCACAUGGUGAAGACAGAGGUUGGAACAUAUCUUGCUUCUAAUAUAUUAGUCCAGAUUUGUGAUUGUUUCUCACAACAGGCUGCAAGUAGAAAUGACCAAGCGAAAUCGAUGAAACCAGAUACUGUGAUCUUUAACCUGGUACUCCAUGCCUGUGUCCGGUUUCGAUUAUCUUUUAAGGGUCAGCAGCUUGUGGAAUUGAUGUCUCGAACUGGGGUUGUUGCUGAUGCACAGACGGUUGUCCUAAUUGCUCGGAUUUAUGACAUGAACGGUCAAAGAGAUGAUCUAAAGAACUUCAAAAUGCAUAUUGACCAAGUUUCUCCUUCACUGGUUUGUCAUUACUGUCAUUUCUAUGAUAGCUUGUUGAGCUUACACUUUAAGUUCGAUAACUUUGAUUCCGCUACUAACCUUGUGCUGGAAAUAUGUCGAUUCGGUGAUUCUCGUAGCAUUCAAAAACGUUGGAUGGACUUCCAAAAAUCUAGCCUUGUUCCAAUUGGAUCACCUCAUCUCAAGGACGGAUUGAAGAUAAAGAUUAUGCCAGAACUACUGCAGAGAGAUUCUGUUCUCAAUGUUGAAGUGAAAUCAGAGUAUAUAAAUUAUAAGAAUGGGAAACUUGUAGCCUGUAACAAGACCCUUGCUAAACUCAUUGUUGAAUUCAAGAGACUUGGAAAAACUUCUGAGCUCUCUGAACUUCUACUUCAAGUUCAAAAAGGGUUGGCGUCAGUUCAGGGUUCUAAUUUGUGUUCUGAUGUAGUUAAAGCUUGCAUUUAUUUAGGUUGGCUCGAAACUGCUCACGACAUUUUGGACGACAUCGAAGUAGCUGGCUCGGCAAUGGACUCAGCAGUAUAUUUCUUGCUCUUGGAAGCAUAUUACAAACAGGAAAUGCUCAGAGAAGCAGAAGUACUGCAAAAACAGAUGGCAAAUGCUGGACUGUCCACUGCUACGGCAGAAGACAUGGCUAACCGAAGUUUGUUGCACGAAAACGAACCAAACACCCACAAAACGUCUCUCGCUGAAUCAUUAGUUCAAGAAAUGGAAGAGACCAGUGGCAUAUCUCCUAGAGUUUACAAGUUCAAUUCUUCCAUUUACUUUUUCUGCAAGGCCAAAAUGAUUGAGGAUGCCUUACAGGCAUACAAAAGAAUGCAGCAAACAGGCAUUCAACCUACCGCCCGAACUUUUGCCGAUCUAGCUUUCAGUUUCUCUUCUUUGCAAAGGUAUCGCGACAUCACGUUCCUAUGGGGAGACAUGAAGAGGAAUAUGCAGAGUAAAGGCUUAGUGUUGAGCAGAGAUCUGUAUGAGUUCUUGUUGCUGUGCUUUCUUCAAGGUGGUUACUUUGAGAGAGUGAUGGAAGUCGUUGGACAUAUGGAGGAUCAGAAGAUGUUCACCGACAAAGGAAUGUACAAAGAUCAGUAUCUAAAGCUUCAUAAGAAUCUUUAUAGGAGCUUAAAGCCAUCAGAAGCCAGAACUGUGGCACAGAAGAAUAGAUUAGAGCAUGUUAGAGCAUUCAAAAAAUGGAACCAUCUCCAAGGCUAGUUGACAGCCGUUGAGCAAAAAAAAAAAUGUAUGAACUAGGGAUGGAAGCAAAUAUAUUAUGUUCGAAAAAGUGAAAAAAUAACGAAA